AUGCUGCGCGGGGCUGCUCGCCUGCUCGUCGCCGCGAGCCGCCCGCGCUGUUCCCGAUUUUCCCUCUCCCAGCGACAACCCCUCCAGCCAAUAUCUUCCCGCCAUGUCUCCUCAACCCCAUCUCCAGAACCAACAACCCCCCCAUCGAAACCCCCUCGCCCGAAAACAGCCCUCUUCUUCCCCGGCCAAGGCGUGGAGAAAGUCUCCAUGCUAACCCCCUGGCUCGACGCCUUUCCGCGCACGGCCAAACCCCUCAUUGACGAGAUCGACUCCAUCCUGGGGUACAAACUCAGCGCAAUCAUCCAGGACGGGCCGCCGCGCAAGCUCUCACUCACCCCCCAUGCCCAGCCGGCCAUCAUGGCGACGAGUAUACUGAUACUCAGGGUGCUGGAGCAGGAGUUCGGGUUUGAUACAGAGAAGAGGGUGGACUAUACGCUGGGACAUAGUCUCGGGGAAUUUGCGGCGCUCGUGGCGGGGGGGUAUUUAAGCUUCGAAGAUGGGUUGUGGAUGACGCAGCGGAGGGCAGAUGCCAUGGCUGCGGCGACGCAAGCCGCCAUACAACAGUACGGCGGGGAGUACGGCAUGGUGGCGGUCGUGACCGAGCCAGACUACCUCCCCGGCCUAAUCAGCGCCAUCGAUGAAUUCGUCGGCAACGGGCGCUCGAUUUCGACGCUAGCAGCACAAGAUGACGACGCGGACGUGCACCCCCCGCCAAUCGACCAGGUGCUGAUCGCGAACAUUAAUUCCAAGAACCAGAUCGUCUUGUCGGGGAGUAUUGAACGGAUCAAGACGCUUGUCGCGCAUGUGCGACAGUUCCUGGGGCACGACCCGCGCGCGGUACGGCUCAAGAGCGAGGACCCGUUCCACUCGCCGAUCAUGAGGCCUGCCGUGGAGGUCAUGCGGGAUAUCUUGGCCCACGAAAAGUCUCGUGCCUCGGGGAGACAGAACAGCGAGAUUGUAGUCUGGCCGGGGAAGAUUCCCUGCGUGAGCAACGUCACUGCGCGACCGUUCGAGUCCCGCGAGGAGUUGAAAGACUUGCUCGCGAGACAGUGCCUCGAGACGGUGCGCUGGUGGGAUAGUAUACGGUAUUUGGACCAGGAGUGUCGGGUGAGGAGGUGGGUUGGGAUUGGGCCGGGCAAGGUGGGCAGGAAUUUGGUCGGGAAAGAGGUCGGCAUGCGCGGGAAGGAUGUUGUUAAAGGGGGAGGCGUCUGGGCGAUUACUGAUCCGAGCGAGAUUGAGGAAUGUUUGAGGGGGUUGGAAGAGACGGAGCAUUUGGUUGAUGAGCCGGACGAGUGA